UCUAUCUAGUUGGAGUACUGACGAACGCCUUCGUCGAUUGACGCGAGCGAUGGUUCUGAAAAUUGGCAGCUAGCCUAAGAUCUUACAGCAGACUGAUAGUAUUUUGGCUGCCGUAGGUGCUCACAAUGGUGCCGUAGGUGCUCGUCUCGUCAGUGCAAGGCGAGAACAAACGCGCGAGUUAGCUUCGCAGCAGUGACCGCAGUUCGGUCGUCACGGUAGUUUCGCGGUGUUCUUCGUUGUGUUACGUGAUGCGUAAAUCUUGAACGUGGUGUCCCGCUAAAUUUGGGAAAUUUUGUGAAAACGGAUCUCCCACCAAUUGCACGGUCGCUCCGCAAAUCUGCAAUCGUAGGCCUUGAAAAGUGGCGUGUAUGCGAAGUUUGCGAAAUCCCGAAAACAUUUUGAUUCAACUGAUCAAAUUAGUGUAAUUUAAGCUGUAUCAAGGAUCGCGUGACUUGGCGUGACCGGGAGAAAGAUGUCGAUCAGAGGUGUGACCACUUCGGAGAACGAGGCGUUCCUUGGUUCCUUGCGCCUGCCGAAUUUUUUGAUCGAUCCUGAUGAAUAUUACGAAGGUAGCGAAAGCCCAGUCUUCGGCAUCGAAAAUAACGGAACCGGCACAGGAAGUGGCAGUGCUUUGAGGCUUGCGUCUCACGAGUUACCGAACGAAAUUUCGGCGCCUUACGAAGUACCACAAUUUCCGAUCGAGCAAAUCGAAAAGAAGCUUCUGAUUCAACGUCAACUGACCGUCAAAGCGGCUAAGGAUCUUGAGGAACGCCGCAGUCAUUACGAGCCGUCGCUUCAUCCAGGAGUUCCCGAUGACACCGAUCAUAGCUUCAAAAUCGAGGAAAAUGACUUUGUGCCGCACUUUCAACGAGUCUCCAUAUCGGGGGAAGACACUUCCGGGGUGCCUUUGGAAGAUCUUCAAAGGGCCUCCAAGAUGCUGGUGCAGGCAUUAGCGAUACGUGAGAAGUAUAUGAACAAUUCCAAGCAGACUUACCCCUCGAUCACGUCUAGAUUCUUGCGUAGUAUCGACAAAAGACCGCUCACCACGGACGACGAGGUUCACCACGAAGAUCGCAAGGCCAUCGAAGGGAAAAGGCGGCUGGAUAUUGAGAACAAAAUCAUGGAUGCUCGAUCCGACGCGGACAUCGACGCGCUGAUCAAAGACGUCUCACGGACAGAUCAUCCGGUGCACGCACCCGCAUCUCGGGGCGACCCGUGGGAGUGCGAGUUCCCACCGACGAAAAACUACAAGAUUGCGCCGAUUAACGGCGUGUUCAACUUGUUCGCCAACGACGAGGACCUGGCCGCCGGCAAGCCGCUCCCGUAUUCCUACCCGGAUUUGGCGAUUUUCGUACGGGACAUGAACCUGCUUUGCGCGAUGAUCGCGGAUGGGCCACUGAAAUCCUUCUGCUACCGAAGACUGAGUUAUCUCUCCUCCAAGUACCAGCUGCACGUGCUACUGAACGAGCUCAGGGAGCUGGCGAGUCAGAAAGCCGUGCCGCACAGGGACUUCUAUAACAUCAGGAAGGUCGACACCCACAUACACGCGGCUUCGUGCAUGAAUCAGAAGCACCUGCUCAGAUUUAUCAAGAAAACGUUGAAGAAUCACGCAGACGAAGUGGUCACUUCUUCCAAGAAUGGCGAGACCAUGACGCUCCGCGAAGUCUUUCAGUCCAUGAACCUGACGACCUACGAUCUGAGCGUCGACAUGUUGGAUGUGCACGCGGAUAGAAACACGUUUCACAGGUUCGACAAGUUCAACGCGAAGUACAAUCCGAUCGGUGAGAGUCGCCUGCGCGAAGUUUUUCUGAAGACCGACAACUACUUGAACGGCACAUACUUCGCGAGAAUAAUUAAGGAAGUUGCGAGCGACCUCGAGGAGUCCAAGUAUCAGAACGCUGAGUUGCGUCUCUCGAUUUAUGGCAAGAACCCGGAGGAAUGGGACAAGCUGGCCAAAUGGGCGAUCCAAGGUGACGUUUAUUCGGACAACGUGCGCUGGCUCAUACAGAUUCCCAGACUAUAUGAUAUUUUCAAGCUGAAUAAGCUCAUGUCGAAUUUCCAAGAGAUCAUCAACAAUAUCUUCCUGCCGCUCUUCGAAGUGACCAACGAUCCUCAUUCUCAUCCAGAGCUGCAUAAAUUUCUCCAAUAUGUAAUAGGUUUCGAUUCUGUGGACGACGAGAGCAAGCCGGAAAAUCCUCUCUUCGACAAAGACGUCUGUUCACCGGCGGAAUGGGACGACAUAGAGAACCCGCCCUACGCAUAUUAUCAAUACUACACUUACGCAAAUAUGACGGUUCUCAACCACUUUAGAGCAGAACAAGGCUUCAAUACGUUUGUCCUGCGGCCUCACUGCGGCGAAGCUGGUCCUAUUCAACAUCUCGUGUGCGGCUACAUGAUGGCGGAGAAUAUUUCACACGGCCUGCUGCUGAGAAAAGUCCCCGUGCUCCAAUAUCUGUAUUACUUGGCGCAAAUCGGCAUCGCAAUGUCACCGCUCAGUAAUAAUUCGCUUUUCCUUAACUAUCAUCGCAAUCCGCUUCCAGAAUACCUUGCUCGAGGAUUAUGCGUAAGCUUGUCCACGGACGAUCCUCUUCAGUUUCAUUUUACCAAGGAACCCCUGAUGGAAGAAUACAGUAUUGCUGCACAAGUGUGGAAACUGAGUUCGUGCGACAUGUGCGAGCUGGCACGCAAUUCCGUCAUCAUGAGCGGCUUUCCGCACAAAAGCAAGCAGUACUGGCUGGGGCCUAACUACACGAAGGAAGGCGUCGCUGGCAACGAUAUCACGCGAACCAACGUGCCGGAUAUACGGGUGGCCUAUCGAUACGAGACGUUGGUUGAUGAAUUGUCCAAUAUUUUCAAGGUCGUGGAGAAACCCGAGUCACUUCCAUUUUAGCAGAUUAUUAUUUGUGGGCGAUCAGAAGUGAUGGAUUGAUUACGUGACGGCAACAUACAGUUCAUAAAUAGAAGAUUACUCGUGCGGCUUAUCCUUGCGAUUCCUGGCCUCCUCUUAUCCUGGUCCUUAAAAUAUUCCUGGAAUAUUGGUGAGUUUUUUUUAUCAACUCACUGAAUUAUUACUUUAAACUAUAUAAUUCUUUCAAUCUUUUCCUGUUAAGAAACAUCGUUUGGGUGAAGUUCGAAUUUGCAUUUCGAACAAAAUCCAAUCUUAAACCACAAAAUAAAAACAAGCUGCGAUAUAUUUGCAUAAUAGCAUAAUUUAAAAAUUAUGCAAUAUCUUUUAUUGACUUUUCGAACUUAAACAUGUUUAAGAGAUUGCAAUGUGUAUCAUGUAAGAUUAACAAGAUAAUCAUAAGUCGUAGUUAUAGGUAUCUAAUGGAAGAUUUUGCAAAUUUUGCAAAGCAGUUAUAAUUUGACGAUAAAUUGCAUAUUUAAUUGGAAAAUAAGAAAAAAACAAAUUGUGUAAUUUUCAAUCACGAUGAACAGGAUUGAUAAGAGUUUGGUGUUGAUCUUGAAAAAAUGACGGUUUGAAAAAAACAUGAUAUGAUAUUUUACGUUUUCAUUGGGCAAUGUAAGAGAUUCUUUUAACUCAUUCCUACGCAAAACUUUACUCAAAUAACUUUUAGCAUCUUUUUUUUCGUAUCUUUAUUAUUUUAUAGUGGAUUAUUAUUUUUUUUGUAAUGAUUAUAGCAUUUAGAGAGACUGGAAAUUUGUCACGAUGAACGCAUGACAACUGUCACUCACUAUGACUAACGCAUAUAUUGCAUUCGUAUCGUUGAUAUAUCGGUAAAUACUUUUUUGUCACUUUUUAAUUGAAGUAACUAGUAGAAAUCAGUUUGCUUGAAUGUCAUGUAAAUCGCUUUCGUCUUCUCGUUAUCAAUAUCUUUUCUAUGAAGAUCUUUCAAUCGCAGGGAUAAAUCUUGUCAAAAAUUAUAUAUAUAGACCACAAUAUUAUAUAUUAUAUAUAUAUAUAUGUUGACCAAUUUAAUAGUAGUUGUUAGAAGAUAUUUCUUCUAUCGCGCGCGUUGCAAAAUGUUAAUACACACACUAGCAUAGAUAUUGUAAUACGAAUUAAGGUAGAGUUGAGUAUUACGUUAAUUUACCUUAGCGUUAAGCAUCUCGUGAUGGAAUAAAUCCGUUUUUCAUAUCUCGGCUGGGCAAGACGACAGCGAUACUCUUUCUUGGAUUUUAGCUUUAUUUUCUUACAUUUUUGUACAUUUAUAUCGUGAAAUCGUGUAUGACAUUUGUUUCGGCGAGUAUGCAGAGUAGCUGGCUCGUAUGCGGAUAGUUAACUCGUGCCAUUAUACACACUGCAACAAUCUUCCCCAUUUUCCGUAAAUAGUGUAAAUAUGGACUUAAUUUAAUUAGGGCUGAUACUUUACGAACUAUAUGUGCGUGCCAAGGUAUGAUACAGCAAUGUAAACCCGCUGUCCCUCCUUUUCGCCUUAAUUUUACGCCUGGCUUUUCUCACAGUUUCUUGUGUCUGCCAUUUUCCGAGAGAACUUUCCGAACAACGAGCCUAAUUGAGCGAUUAUAUGACGAUCUAUAACGGGACAAUGUGCUCUGAUAUCGAAUUUAAAUUGAAUUGUUAUAUUAGAUAGAGGAAGAAAGAUAUAUUUAUUGUAAAAAGUAUAUAUAUAUAUAUAUAUAUAUACUAUGAAGAGAAAUAUACUUGCAUCGUUAAAAACAAAUUUGCAUAAUUAUUCACAAUGCACUAUUUAUGCACUAACGAUAGCCUCGACGAUAGAUCUAACGAUAAUUGCGAACAUUAGCGAAGUAUUUUGUUGGAAAUAUCAGGUUCAUAAUGAGAUGAUAUAAAAGGUUCAAUCGAGAGUGUGAGUAACGAGAUUAUGAUUUCAUUUUAUUCAUUAGUUAAAUUAAGAAAAUAUAGCAUUGAGGUAGUAAAAUAUUACAAUUUCAAAUUCUACUCGCCACUAUGUUACAGAAGCAUAUAAAUUUAUACAAAA